ACACACACAGCAGUGAUCAUGUAGCCCGCAGUAUAUACUUUAAAUCUAAGUAAAUAAUGCUCAUCAGUAUUGCAUCUUUCGGUUUGAAGGAAGAAGAGACUCGUUAUAUUCUCAUGCACUGGCUCAUCUUGAGUCGUUUAGCGUGUAAUCCUGUAUAUAUUUAACUGUAUUGUUUGAUAUGUGUUUUUAAAAUAUUGCCGGACAAGAAGAGAUGGAUAUAAAGGCUCGUGUUGCAGCAGGUCGAAAUGUGUUGUGCUUGUUUGAUGUGGACGGAACGCUGACAGCCCCCAGAGAGAAGAUCGACCCAGAGCUGGAUGAUUUCAUUCAGGCGCUGAAGCAGAAGGUGAAGAUCGGCGUCGUUGGAGGAUCCGAUUAUUGCAAGAUUGCAGAGCAGCUCGGAGACGGGGAUGAAGUGAUACAGAAGUUUGAUUACGUCUUCGCUGAGAACGGGACGGUGCAAUAUAAAGACGGCAAACUCAUCUUUAAGCAGGCCAUUCAGAAUCACCUGGGCGAGGAGCUGCUGCAGGAGCUCAUUAACUUCUGUCUCAGCUACAUGGGGCUCAUCAAACUCCCCAAGAAACGAGGGACGUUCAUUGAGUUUCGUAACGGUGUGAUCAACAUCUCACCCAUCGGACGCAGCUGCACGCUAGAAGAGAGAAUCGAGUUCUCGGAAAUCGACAAGAGAGAGAAGAUUCGGGAGAAGUUCGUGGCGGCUCUGCAGAAGGAGUUUGCAGGAAAAGGCCUGCGCUUUACCAGAGGGGGUUUGAUCAGUUUUGACAUAUUCCCGGAGGGCUGGGACAAACGCCUCUGUCUGGACGUCCUGGAGCAGGAGGGACUGGACACCAUCUACUUUUUCGGCAAUGAAACCUCAUUGGGUGGAAACGACUAUGAGAUCUUCGAGGAUCCUCGCACCGUGGGCUUCAGCGUCUCCUGUCCCGCAGACACAGCGCGGCUCUGCAGAGAGAUGUUCUUCAGCGCUCCUCCAAAUGAAGACUGAUGAAGACUCUGUGGCGCACCCUGCUGGACACUGCUGGUGGGAAACACACACAGACUCUAUACAACAAACACAGAUGAAGACACAGACUGUAUGGAAACAUCACACACAGACGACCUUACAGCUUUAUAGUGUUCAAGCAUUCAUUAUCAGUCCACACUGCAAAGACAGGCUUUGAUUAUUCGAGUUUUGGACUCGUUUCUAGUCAAGAUAUCUGCUGCUUCUCUAGACAAAGCUUCUUGAGUUAAGAGUUUUUAGAUAUUUAGACUAGAAAUGAGUCAGAAACUGUAAAUAAUAAAAUAGUUUCUGGCAGUGUACAUAUUUUAAAUGGUAAAGUGUUGAACAGUGGCCACGUUUACACUGCAGGGUUUACAGAGUGACGGCUGUCUUAAAGGGACAGUACACUCAAAAAUAAUAAUGCGCUCAUUAUUUACUCAAGCAUCACCUAAAUGAGUUAAACUAUUCAGUUGAACACAAAAGAAGAUAUUUUGAAGAAUGUUGGAAGACAUUGACCUCCAUAGUAGAUAAAAAAAAAAACUGUUUUGCGUGAACCGGCCCUUUAAGAUGCAGCAAAUUCUGUGGGUUGAUGACAGAAAACAGCAGCAUAAUUAAGACUUAAUUAAUAGAUAGGCAUUCUUUCUUAGUUUAAUUAGUCAGCAGUCAUCCUUAAAUAUGCUUUUCCAUAAAAACCGCCCUUAAAAUCAUAAGCCAUUGACUUCCAUAGUAGGACAAAAUAAUAAUUUCAGGUGAACUGACCCUUUAAGAUGCAGAAAACAGGAGAAAGUUGUAUAAUUAAGACUUAAUUAAUAGAUAGACGUUAAUUAAGACAUUCUUUCUUCGUUUAGCUAGUUAGCUGUCAUCCUUAAAGAUGCUUUUUUAUGAAACCACCCUUAAAAUCAUCAGCCAUUGACUUCCAUAGUAGAUAAAAAAAUCAGUUUUGAGUGAACCGGCCCUUUAAGAUGCAGCAAAUUCUGUGGGUUGUAGACGGAACACAGCGGCAUAAUUAAGACUUAAUUAAUAGAUAAACAUUAAUUGAGACUUUCUUUCUUAGUUUAAUUAGUCAGCAGUCAUCCUUAAAUAUGAUUUUCAUAAAAACUGACCUUAAAAUCAUAAGCCAUUGACUUCCAUAGUAGAUAAUAAAUCAGUUUUGAGUGAACCGGCCCUUUAAGAUGCAGAAAACUGGACAAAGCUGCAUAAUUAGGACUUAAUUCAUAGAUAGACGUUAAUUAAGACAUUCUUUCUUUGUUUAGCUAGUUAGCAGUCAUCCUUAAAGAUGCGUUUUCAUGAAACCACCCAUCAUAACCCACUGACUUCCAUAGUGGGAACUCAAGUCAUUUUUGGGUGAACUGGCCCUUUAAGAUGCAGAAAACAGCAGACAGCUGCAUAAUUAAGACCUAAUUAAUAGAUAGACGUUACUUAAGACUUUCUUAUGUAAUUUAAAUAGUCUUCCAAGAGGUUGACUAGUCCUACUUAUUCAUGAAACCACCCUUAAACACACACGAUCAGUCUAGUUCUUACACUAAGUAGUUUAUACUGAACAAUAUGAAAUGACCGAUGACGUCAUGUUUGUGUAAAUAUUAAGCUUCUCCAUUGAGAAUGAAUGAAAACGUUAUGAUCAAACUCAGUGUUUUAGUCACAUGAGCUCAUUUUAAUGCAGAUUUGUAAAGCAAUAUAAGUUAUGAAGGUAAUUACAGUGAACUUAACAUUUUAAGUAAGCUACGAUUGAUAGUUUUUUAGUGUUUACAGUAUGUAAAGGGCUGCAGAAUGUAAAUAUACAGAAGUAUUCGUCCUCCUGUUAAAGUUUAAUUCAUUUAUUUUACACCCAAGAUUUUUCUUCAACACAUUUCUAAUCAUAAUAGUUUUAAUAACUCAUCUCUAAUAACUGACUUAUUUUAUCUUUGCCAUGAUGACAGUAAAUAAUAUUAGACUAGAUAUUCUUCAAGACACUUCUAUACAGCUUAAAGUGACAUUUAAAGGCUUAACUAGGGUAAUUAGGGUAAAGUUAGGGUAAUUAGGCAAGUCAUUGUAUAACAGUGGUUUGUUCUGGAGACAAUCCAAAACUAAUAUUGCUUAAGGGAGGUAAUAAUAUUGAGCUUAAAAGGGGUUUUAAAAAAUUAAAAACUGCUUUUAUUCUAGCUGAAAUAAAACAAAUAAGACUUUCUCCAGAAGAAAUAAUAUUAUAGGAAAUACUGUGAACAUUUCCUGAAUCUGUUAAACAUCAUCUGGGAAAUAUUUGGAAGAGAAAUUCACAGGAGGGCGAAUAAUUUAGACUGUAAACACAAAUAUCGAUCUGUCUGUUAGAAAAUAGACCAUAAGAUUAGCAGAUGGGUUUUAUUAAACUGUUUUAGUCACUAUAAAAUGUGAAAACUGAGCAGGACCAACCCUUAUUUUAAUGCAGGGAUGAGUUUUCACUAAAAGGGAUUCAAUAAUUUAGUGGUUUAAAGGGAACAAAAGAGAAAUUUAGGAUGGAAAUUAUUAUAAAUGUAAUUGUGUUGAAAUUAAUGCGAUAAGAAGGUUUAAUCUUUGCUUAUAGUAGUUUAUUUUAAAAUGAAUGCAGUCAAAUGAUUAUUACAGUCCUCCGCAUAAAUGAAGACAGCCCCUUUUGUAAAUGAAUACUUUGAUCUUUUUGUGUGUGUGAAUUUAGCCAAUAUUUUUUGUUAAGUUUUAUUAAACAGUAAUAUUGAUUACAAUAAGAGUUGUAGAAAGAUAAUACACUUAAACUCAAAUGAGUUAAUGCAAAGAAAAUAUACUAAAUACAAAAUAUCAACAAAAUUAAAUCUAUAUUUUCUUUCUCUCUUGACUUUUCAUGUUUAUUGAGAUGUUAUUUAAUACUUUCUCUGUAUUAGUUUGGUGUAGUAAUUUUUGGACUGAUCUUUGGUUCCGACUAAUCUGAUGUAUAUGCACAAAUAUAUUACUGUAAAGCAUCCUGUAGAAAUAUAAUGAUUUAAGAGAGAGAUCUGUGGGUCAACUCAUUUAUACUGAACACUGUACAUAUA